AGACCUGUGGUCCAGUCGUGCUGCAGCACCGAGUUCAUCAGUGCCUACGACUAUGAGAUACCACCCAUGGGAAAAGCUGUAGUGAAAACAGACAUUCAGGUUGCACUUCCUUCUGGAUGCUAUGGCCGAGUAGCACCACGUUCUGGUUUAGCUGCAAAGCACUUCAUAGAUGUUGGUGCUGGUGUUAUUGAUGAGGAUUACAGGGGAAACAUUGGUGUGGUACUCUUCAACUUUGGCAAGGAGACUUUUGAAGUCAAAAAAGGGGAUAGGAUUGCCCAGCUCAUCUGUGAACGCGUUUACUAUCCUGAGCUAGAAGAAGUUCAAGCCCUGGAUGACACUGAACGUGGUGAAGGUGGCUUUGGUUCUACUGGAAAGAACUGA